GAACUAAUGUGUGUGCCUUUCUGAUUAACAGCUGUUGCUAGUGGUUGCAAUCCAACCCACAGCAUGGGUCAGGUUUUGUAUCCAUGGCAGCAGGGUAUUUAUUACAGUUCCUACCACUCUCCACCCAGGAUUGGCGGACUUUAGCCCUUAAUCAAAUAGCAAAGUAAGUCGGAGAACGCAGCGGCUGACUCUCUGACCAGCAGGUAUAAAACAAAGGGGGGGAAUUUCCUAAGCAAAUGGCAAAAUUUCUGUCCCAGGAUCAAAUUAAUGAAUUCAAGGAAUGUUUUUCUCUAUAUGAUAAGAAACAAAAAGGCAAGAUAAAUGCCAGCGACCUAAUCACAGUGAUGCGGUGCCUGGGAACCAGCCCAACUCUACGAGAGGUAGAGAGACAUCUUCAAGGGCAUAAAAUUGACAGAAAGGCAGAACUGGAUUUCUCCACAUUCCUGACCAUAAUGUACAGGCAAAUGCAGCAGGAAGACCCCAUGAAGGAAAUCCUGGCAGCCCUGGCCAUGACAGACAAGCAGAAGAAGGGUUUCAUCGCCGCGUCCGAGCUGAGAGCCAAACUCACCCGGCUGGGAGAAAAGCUCUCGGAGGGCGAAGUGGAUGACCUUCUAAGAGAAGCAAACAUUGCCCCCAACGGGAUAGUGAAAUACGAAGAAUUCGUCCACACCCUCACCCUUCCCGUUGCAGACUUCUGAAUAUCAGGAUGAGGAGACUGCGUCGGUAGGAAAACAGGCAAACUUUCCUGGCUUGUUUUCCUGGGUUGUCCUCCCUGGAAUUAACUCUGCUUGCCUUAACGGAUCAGUGUUUUGCCUUAUUAGAGUGAAAUAUUUUCCCAUGGUGAGGCAUGGCCUCUGUUCCUUGUCAGUUGGAAUGGAGGGUCCCAUGUCCAAUACUGGCUGUAUUAUUUUAAAUAAACUGAAUGUCACGUUACGUUGUAUAACGCGUAU